AGAAAAGUAAUCGUCUUCAUUAUUUCGUCGAUCGAUCAGCCUAAGUUAAUAGAAUUUACGAGGAAACAAAAAAAAAAAAAAAAAAAAAAAAGAAAAAUCUAUCCAUCUAUCUUCGAGUAAAUCGAAUCGUAAUGAGUAAUCGAUAUAUCGAGCAUUCAUCCAUUUACAUUUUUGGCUGUUGGCAUAUGAAAUGAAAUUUUUUGUAUUAUCUUGAAAAAAUGUGUUAUUACCGAUUAACAUAGAGCAGGUCUCCGACGGACCACAUUGCGUCAUGGUCAACGACUAUGGAUGACAAUCCAUCGCGAUCGAAUAUCUUGGAACGAAUGUUUUAUACUGUAAAUGGAGGCAUUCGAUGGAGUACGGAACAAAUUAAAUCGGCGUGUCCUUGGAGAAGAAAAAAGGCCGAAAGUCAAUUAACCAUUCCCGAAGGAGAAAUCGACGUACGAGCCGACGUUCGUACCGACGCUCGCACCGACGCUCGCGCCGACGCUCGUACCGACGCUCGCACCGACGCUCGUACCGACGCUCGCGCCGACGCUCGUACCGACGCUCGCGCCGACGCUCAUGCCGACGCUCGCGCUGAUGGUCGUGCCGACGGUCGUGCCGACGGUCGUGCCGACGGUCGUGCCGACGGUCGUGCCGAUAUAGCGAGCAAAGAAAAAUCUAAAGAUUCAGAUCGAGAGCUACGGGAUUACACAGCACCUAGUGAAAUGUGUCCGCCAAAAAAGCCAUCCUGUUGUUUUAUUAAAAUGCAGGUUAAUGAGCGUUAACGAUUAGAAGAAAAAAUCUAAAUUCCAGCAAACGUUUACUACUUAUUAGACGUUUUAAAAGAAAUUUUCUUCUUGAAGAAUCAACCUUAUCUGACAACAGGAUCCUUGUGCUCCUUGCUGUUGCGAAACAAAGCCCGCUCCUUGUCCACCUUACCACGAAGAGCCUCGAGAACCCACCUGUGGCUGUGAUCUAUGUAAAAAGGGUUAUCCCAAUGAUAAGUGCUGCGAUCACAGAGAAGAAUUUCGUAGGGCAACCUUUUCACCGAGACAUUUCGAAAAGGCUUGAAAAUAGGAAUACU